GCUCUGAUUCUUGAGUGUGUCAGUGGUUACCUGCAGGAGAGGAGGGAGACGAAAUAGAAGCGGAGGCGAGCCAGGAGGAACUGGCGGUGGAGAGGGGACUGAAAGUGGGGAGCACCCUGCUGAGCUGCAGGUGCCCUGGCGCCGCACCCAGCCCUUCAAGCAGAGCCGCGCCGCUCCCUCUAGCGCACGGCCUGGGCUCUGCACCCCUCGCCUCUCUGCCGGGGACCAGGCGGAGCCGCCGGAGCAGCUGCCCGUGAGCAGGAAACAAGCCCGAGGAAAGCCGCAGCCUCGGGGCCUCCCAUUGUCAUGGAGCGGAAGGUAGCCAGGGAGUUCAGGCACAAGGUUGACUUGCUUAUUGACAAUGAAGCGGAGAAGGAUUACCUUUAUGAUGUGCUACGGAUGUACCACCAAUCCAUGAAUCUCCCAGUACUGGUAGGGGACCUAAAGCUUGUGAUUAAUGAACCAAGUAGAUUGCCGCUGUUUGACGCCAUCCGUCCCCUUAUCCCAUUAAAACAUCAGGUGGAAUAUGAUCAGCUGACGCCUAAACGAUCAAGAAAGCUGAAGGAAGUAAGACUGGAUCGUUUGCAUCCUGAAGGGCUUGGAAUAAGUGUGCGAGGAGGACUGGAAUUUACUUGUGGCCUCUUUAUCUCCCAACUAAUUAAAGGUGGACAAGCAGACAGUGUUGGGCUUCAGAUUGGAGAUGAGAUAGUUCGGAUAAACGGAUACUCCAUCUCUUCAUGCACUCAUGAGGAAGUAAUAAAUCUCAUCCGUACAAAGAAAAUAGUGUCCAUAAAAGUAAGACAUGUCGGCAUGAUACCUGUCAAAAGCUCUCCAGAUGAGCCUCUUAAGUGGCAAUUUGUGGAUCAGUUUGUGUCAGAUUCUGGGGAGGGAAAAGGCAGCGUUGCUGGGCUCGCUUCAUCUGGAGGAAGGGACAAUAAAGAGAAGAAAGUCUUCAUUAGUUUGAUUGGUUCAAAGGGCAUGGGAUGCAGCAUUUCCAGUGGUCCAACACAAAAACCAGGCAUUUUUAUCAGCAAUAUUAAACCAGGUUCUCUUUCUGCUGAGGUGGGGCUGGAGAUUGGUGAUCAGAUUGUUGAAGUAAAUGGAGUGGAUUUUUCUAAUGUGGACCACAAAGAGGCUGUGAGAGUGUUAAAAAGCAGUCGAACCCUAACUAUCUCUGUUGUAUCAGGAGCCGGGAGAGAGCUGUUCAUGACUGAGGAUGAGAGGCAGCGAGAAGUGAGUCUUCGUGAACAGGAGCGCCAGGAGUUAAUGCAUCAGAAGCGGCUUGCAUUAGAGACUAACAAACUCCUCAAAGAGCAGCAAGAGAAAGAGAGACAAAGGAAACUGGAGAUUUCUCAAAAGGCUGCAGAAGAAGAAGAAAGAUACCGUAAAGAAAUUGAACAGAUAACAGCAGAAGAAGAGAAAUUUAAAAAGGAAUGGGAAGAAGAUUGGAGGCCUAAAGAGCCACCUAAGCCUGUAAAAACUGUAACUGCAGACGUACAUCCAGCCCCUACUCCUAAACACAGAAUAGAUUUAAAGGGAGUUGCACAUGACCAACUUGCAGCAGAUGACAUGGAUGGAGUGAUCACGAAGCAGAACAAACAGGGCUUCCAGAAGUAUGUGGAAGAUUUUGAUCCCUAUACAAUGUUUUCAGCAGAUCAGAUCAUGGGAAAAGAUGUGCGGCUGUUACGUAUUAAAAAGGAAGGACCAUUAGAUCUUGCAGUAGAGGGAGGCAUUGAUUCCCCAAUUGGAAAAAUAGUAGUGUCUGCUAUCUAUGAGGGUGGUUCCGCAGACAAACAUGGAGGCAUCGUGAAAGGGGAUGAAAUAAUGGCUGUGAAUGGCAAGAUUUUAGUUGAUGUGACGCUGACAGAAGCCCAGACAACUUUAGCCAAAGCCUGGAAUGUGGGUGGGGAUUGGAUUGAUUUAGUCAUUGCAGUGUCUCCUCCAAAGGAAUAUGAUGAUGAAAUGACAUUUUUUUAAAGUAAAGAAGAUAAAGUUGAAGAAACUAAGUCUGUGUCCUGAAGAAAGCUGCUGAUUCAUAAAUAUCAAAUCAAUAGCCUUGCAAAAUCUACUUUUAUAUGAGAGAAAUAUGAUUUUAGAUUGUACUGAGAAUUCCACUGGACUAGAGAGAAACCUCAU